UCCAGAGUACAUAGAAUCCUAUUCUUAUUUCAGAAGUGGAGCACAACUUCCUACCUGGGAAUAGCUGAUUUUAAGGCCAAGAAAGAAGAGAGACUCACCAUAACAGCAUUUGAAAAGGAUACAUUGCCAGGAUUUGGGAUACUUUUUCUUUGGGCCAUCAGCUCUCCAAGGAGGACCCACCCUCCACCCCCAAUGUGGCCACCUUUGAAGCGCUGACUUCCUCCAUCCGUGGUGUCAUUUCCCGUGGCCAUCAUGGGACCUGCAGAGAGUGUGCUGAGCAAUGGGCAGGUGCAGACCAUCCUGUGGGCAAGCCUGGCAGCUGUUGCCAUGUUCUUCCUCAUUGCCUUCCUCAUCUUCCUGUGCUCAAGUUGUGACAGAGAAAAGAAGCCAAGGCUGCACAGUGCAGACCAUGAGAAUCUGAUGAAUGUGCCAUCAGACAAAGAGAUGUUCAGCCGUUCGGCAACCAGUCUGGUAACGGACCCCCUUGCGAGCAGUGAACAGAACGGAGUGCUCACCAAUGGUGACAUUCUUUCAGAGGAUAGCACCCUGACUUGCAUGCAGCACUACGAGGAAGUCCAGACCUCAGCUUCGGAUCUGCUGGACUCACAAGACAGCACAGGGAAGCCCAAAAGUCACCAGAGCCGGGAGCUGCCCAGCCUCCCUCCGGAGAGCACAGUGGACACCAUGCUGACCACGAGGAGCAUGGACGGGGAGCUGGGGCCGGGCAUGGAAGGGCCUUAUGAGGUGCUCAAGGACAGCUUAUCCCAGGAAAACAUAGUGGAGGACUGCUUGUAUGAGACAGUGAAGGAGAUCAAGGAGGUGGCCACUGUCACACACCUGGACAAAGGCCAUGGCAAGUCCAAGUCUGUUUCUGCCUUGAAAGAUCUUCCAGGGCCUCCAACUGAAGGCAAAGCAGAGUUUGCCGAGUAUGCAUCAGUAGACAGGAACAAAAAGUGCCGCCAGAGCACCAAUGCCGAGAGCAUUCUUGGAACUCCAUGUGAUCCUGAGGAGGAAGCCCCGCCGCCUGUUCCUGAGAAACUCUUGGAUGAGAAUGAAAACCUGCAGGAGGAGGAGGGAGAGGCAGAAAAGCAAGCUGCACAGGGGACCAGCAAAACCAACAAGAGAUACAGCUCCUUGUUGUACAAGUCCCGGGAAGAAGACCCCACUCUCACAGAAGAAGAGAUCUCAGCCAUGUACUCCUCAGUGAAUAAACCUGGACAGUCAGUACAUAAAUCAGGGCAGUCGCUGAAAGCGCAAGAGUGCGCCUACAACUCCAUUAAAGGAGCCCCUCAGAGGUCGCCCUCCUCCUGUAAUGACCUAUAUGCUACAGUUAAAGACUUUGAGAAAACUCAGAACAGCAUCAGCACACAUCCACCAGCACCGAGACCCAGUGAGGAGCCGGAACCGGACUAUGAAGCAAUCCACACUCUAAACAGAGAGGAAGACAGGGCCCCCCUGGAGACCAAUGGACCCCACAGCCUCAUCCCCAAGGAGAAUGACUAUGAGAGCAUUGGGGACUUGCAGCAAUGCAGAGACAUCACCAGGCUCUAGCACCCUGGAGCACAGCUCCAGCUCCAGUUCUCCUGUAAGAUAGGAAAUGACACCAGCCUCUCCUUCACAUGCUGCUGUAGUGAACCGAAGGUAGUUGUGGAUGCCAUCACUGUGCUCCCAGUUUCUGAGACAGUGAGAUAUAGAUCUGACUGCUCCCUGAGUGUGCAACCACCUGCCCCCAGGGACCAGCACCCUCAGCACACCUCAAAACUUCCUCAGUCCUUCAUCCACUGCAGAAGAUUCCAGCGAGAUUUCAUCCUACCCAUGCAGAAAGCAGAUCUGUGAGGAAACCUGUACAUCCAGGACUCCAUUUCCUCCAUCUGCCUGAAAUACUGCCAUUUGAAGGAACCAGGGUCUCCUGCUCUUCCUUCUUCCCUGCUCCUAAAGGAAAACACUUGCAUUUUCCACCUUCAAAACUUCCAACGUCUAUGGUUCAUUCCAAGGAAAUUCUGCAGGGGUUUGCACUGGCUUUCAGCAUAGGUGUUAGGAUGGUGAGAAACUGUGUACUUACUGCUUCCCAUCCAAUUUGCUCAUCUUUUUUUUCAGAGCAGCCAUGUUGGCCCCAGGAAUCCGUAGAUUGCAUGGGACCGAGGUUGGAGGGGAGGAGGGGAGGAUGUUCCUGGGGUCUCUUAGGUCUCUGCUUCUCCUUAUUUUGGCACUGUGUAUCAGCAUCCGUUCUCCAAAAUUACUUGAAGUUAGUUUUAAAUACUGUUUUCUUUAUCUGGUUAAACCCUCUCCCUGAGGCCCCCACCCCAAUGUUGGAAAACUUGAAUAGAAUGUUUCCAUAUUUUCACUCAAAAUUGUGGUACUUCUGUACUUGUGUAAGGACAGAGCUCAUUCCCUCAAGCUAGAGAGCCUUAAUCUUUAUGGUGGCAGCAGCUGUAGAGCCCUUCCCAGGAGGGCCAUGGACACCAAUUGUAUGCACUUCUGCUUCCCUAAGGUAAUCUACGAUGAACAUGUAAACAUUUCUUACAUUUUUAUUAUAAGAUGUUUUAUGUUUAAUGCUUGAUUUCUAGAAAGUGCCAGAAAAAAAAUUGGUAUCACCUAUUUUGAUUUUAUGUACAAUGAUAUACACUCUCAUUUUGAAGAUAUCAUGAAGCACAUAAGCUAGAUAAGUAAAACUAGCUCUUAUUCUGUUUUUUAACAAGUGUUUAAAACACUGAAGGUUUUUAAGACUCAAUUUUUCAAAUGGUACUUGGACUAAUGGGUUGAAAAUACCUAGACCACUGAGGGUACAAAUGCAGAAGGUAUAAAUAACCAUUUUUAGUGGUUGUGGUAAGCAGUAUUGAAAUAUUUAAAAUAAUAAAAAUAGAACAAAAUAUGACUCCUCCUAAGAGUAUCAUACUUAUCAUUAAACUUUACUUUUUUUUUUGAGAAAACAGCAGUGACUUCUGUAGUCCACUGCUUACCCAUGCAAAUUGCUUACUGUAAGUUUUCCUUCAUUUUAUAAAAAUCAGUGGCCAUAGUACCCCAGAUGAAAAGCUUGGCCUGGUAUGAAUUUAAUCAUCUCCUUAGAUCUUAAAAGACCAACAUUGAAAAACUUGUUCACUUUUCAUUUUAAAAAGAGUUUCAUUGAAGUGCCACUCCAAAGUGUGGGCUCUGGGAAGUGAUUGCUAUACUGAUAAGAAAAACCAAGUGAAGUCAUCCUCCUCUCCCACUGUAGCAUCUAUUGACUUUGAUGAUGAAUAACCUUGCUGUUUCCUCUCCUUACCAACUUGGAGGAAGAACCAUCUUAUGAGUGGCCGAGACCAGCUUGCUGGCACAUCUUUCCAUGCCUGUAUGUGCAUCAGGUUUGUGUCUGCUCUGUUUUGCACUUCUGAAGCUGUAAAGUGAACUCUUGGGGUAAGCUGGUUGGUUGUCAUUAUUUUUCAACCAGCUGAGUCUCUCUGGUAAAGAUGUCACGUGCAAAAGCACAAUCACUGUUGAUUAGAAAGUCAUGGGGAAUACCUUUGGAUCCUUGGAGAGUUUAUCAGGAAAGUGCAGGCUACUUCCUAUCUGAGUCCAGAUCUUUCAUUAGCACUGCUUUGCCUGCUGGUUCUCACUGCUUCGUAUUUGACAAAUUUGACCCAACAACCUCUCAGGUCACAAAGUUCCCUUCCUAUGUGUGACAAUCAGGUCACAUUGUUCACCUAGCACUGUGCAUGGCUGGUAGUGUCCUCCAUGGGUACCUUACAACCAAACAUUUGUUUCAUCCUAUUCAAAACUCUUACGAUCAGGGAAGUAGGCAUGCUCUGUAAAAUAUAAAACCUUUUCAUGAGAGAGAAGUUCAUGAUAACUGAGCAUGUCAUCUUACACUCUCAUUGCUGAAUGUCUGCUAGAAGUUUUCAAAUACAGUUUAUGCAGCUGGGUUGUAAAAUAUGCACUAAACUAUCUCUCCUAGUUUGACAUACUAUAGUAUAAAUUGUAGGAGAAAAUCUUGAGCUCUUUAAAAAGAGCUUUAUAGCUCUUUAUAGCCUACAGCAAAAAUUCCAAAAAAUGAAAUAGUAGUCUUCGCGGAUUGGAGGAGAGAGAGCCGAGUAAACUUUUUAGCAAGGCAGCUCUGUUCUUUACAGUAUUGUGUAUGUUAUUGAAGAAUUGAUAUAUCAUCAUUUUGAGUUUAUUAUACAGCUUUUCAUAACUUUCAUCUGUUUUGCUUUCUUUAAAAUCUGUAUACACACACCAUAUGUACAUAUGAAUUGAACAGAAUUCUGUAGCUCUUUAAAAUUUUCAUUUUGAUCUGAUUGUCAAAUACAUGAAAGGUAAUUAUCAAAAACAAAAUUACUGUAUUCUUUAAGUUCACCAUUGAAAUCAUAGUAUGCAUUCAAGAAUAACCUAUAUAAUGUGAUGUUAUAUAAAAAGAUAAAAUCUUGGGAAUUUUUUAUUUUUUAGUUUUAAAUUUUUUAUUAUUAUUUUUGAGUAGUUGUACAAAGGAUCUGCCAUUUAAGGCAAUUUCCAUUCUAUAAAUUGGAACUUCACAUCUCUGUCAGAAGUAGCUGUGUUUCUGUUCAGAUGUUUUAAAAGUGUUUCUCAGGUUGUUUUUAGUAUUUCCAAAAUAGUGUUAUCAUAAAAAUAUAACCUAUUAUAUGUGAGAUAAUACAGAUGUGAAAAAUUUGACAAGAAAGUAGUCCUCGCAUAUAUUGGCUACAUAUAUUUUUCUCAUGGCCUGAUUUAAGCUAUAUCAAUAAGUCUACUAAGGCUUUUAAAGACACCAAUAUAAUUUGUGGGGAAAAGGUUAGUCACUGUUUUAUCUGCCCUCAGAAUCCCAGAGUAAAUUCUUAUUAUGUACUAAAUUUACACUAGGCAGUCAAUUCAGAGAAGUAAAUAUGUUGCUAUAUUUUUCUUACUUGAUUUUCAUUUUUAUAAUUAGAACAUUUCCUUACCUUAACCAAUAAUAAAUGAUAUAUUCAUUUGCACAUAUACAUAUGUACGUAUCUAGUGGCACAACUCUAGUGCCUAAUUAUUAAACUAAGUUUUAAUAUGUACUUAGAAUAUGUAUCCUACUAGUAUGGUGAACUUUUAUGAAAAGCAAAAUUAGAAGAAACAGUUCUCCAACGGUUUUCAUUUCACAGUUGAGGGCAAAUCAUUUAAUUUUUCUGUCAAAUACAUUCAGAUUUUAAAUGUGGCUAUAAUUAUCCUGCCUGAAAACAACAGUAGUUUAGUUUUGCUAUACAUGUGACUCACUUACAUAUUCAACCUGAAAGGAGCAAAUUUAAAUAGGUGUAUUUCUCAAUCAGUGUUGGAGAAGAAAGCAAAUAAGCCAGAAGCAAACAAGCAAGUAAGUACCCUGGGCUAGGAGGCAGAGCUGGCAGGUGACCCAGACUGCAGUAGUGAGGUCCACUUUUUGCAUCAUGGCAACAUCUUAUUCCCUUUUUAAAACGUGAGGUUGCACAGUGCCAUGAUGUCCCACACUGAUGCUCUGACCCACAGAGAGCUCCACUUCAACACUGAACUGAGAUUUUCUAAAUGAGCACAUGACUUUUUUUUCCAAGACUCCUUGUAACAGUUACUGUGAGUCCAUUGCAUUCUCACGCUGAUUCCAUUCUUCCAAAAGUAUUGACUUCUGGGACCCAGCCAGCCUUUCUGGGGCCACAGGAGGCACAGUUGGUACUGAUAGUUAUUUCCUGGGAAUCUUGACAGGCUUAUUGUACUGUGUAAUUGGGGAAAGUUAAAGGGUAAUGUUUGCUACUAGUAAGUGGCUGGUGUGAAAAUAGAAGCAUAUCUACAAUAUCAAAUGUGGUUUUAUUUGCACUGAAAUCUAAAUCCUUUAUCUUGCUUUAUAUUAUAUACAUUAUUCCUGAGAGCAGCAUUGGACAAAUUGAAAACAUAGACAUAACCAUAUCUGUCCAGACCCAAUAGUCCAUCACAAUCUUUGUCUGGAAAUAACAAAUUAGAUUUUAAAAUUAUGGUCCAGGAGAGAAUGAUUUUAUUCUACUGAUCAUUUUUAAGUCUGUUUACAUCUAGCCUCUAAAUAUUUGUAAUAUAUUUAAUUGUUUUUCAAGUUUUUCUUUUGAGGCUACUUGAUAUCAGAUGAAAUAAAAAUGCAAUUUUGUUAUAAAGAUAAUUAUUUUAAAAGUCUCCAAUGUGGUCUUCAUUUGUCUUUAUACAGAAAGAUUUCUUUGCUUGCCACUUAACAUACUAGAGUAUUUUUCAAAACUGUGUUGGCCAUGAUUGUGUCCUAUCUCAUGUAUAAUGUAUUAUAAAGGUUGUUGAUUGUCAUUCUUCAUACUUAAAGAUGUUAGAUGAAAAGCAGUAAAAUGUUUUUAUGUUGUUAACUGUUAAAUAAUUGUGUUGUAUUAGCCUGCCUUGUGUUUUCUGGGGAAGUUUGAAAUACAGCUGGACAAACAGAAGUUAGUUAUAAAAUAGGAAAUGGCAUUUUUUCCUCAUAAAAAUAGUGAUCCUCUAAAAGUAGCAGGUCUCUUGAGAGGGUCAGAUUAGUUUAAAAAUACUCUCCUCACUCAAACACAGUUAAAAUCAUCAUCAACAUCAUCAGUCAUUACAAUAGUACUUUUACUCUUUGUUUUAAAAGGCCUUUGUACAAAGUGAAAAGAUUGUCCAAUUUGUAAAAGUUUUUUACUUCAUUGUUUUUCUAGUGAGAAUUUCUCAAUCAUAGUUUUCUACAUUCAGAAGUGUCUCAUAUUAGCUCUAACAUUACCCUCCCUCACUAAUCCUCUUAAAAGGACAAAGUUUAAAGUAUGAGAGCAUGAAGCCACUGGUUCCUCAUAACCUAAUUUUGGCUACUUCUGUCCAGGUGGUUCCCUUGUCCCUCUCUUUAACACCACUGAUUUCUUUCCGUCCCAACCCCUCCUGUUUGCCAGGUACCUAUGCUCUAUUUACAUACAUCUAUUUACAUAAUGUGCUAUUUGCAUAAAUGUGCUAUUUGCAUAAAUUGUUUACCUUUCUGUAGAGGCACCCCACCAGGCAACAUAGAACUGUUCUCCAUCCUGGCUGGCUGACUCUAAAGUUCUGCCCAACCUCCAAUUUCCCUGCCUCAGGC